ACUUGAUGGGCCGGGGCCCAAAAAGACCUUGCACGCGAACGCUAAUAAAUCUUCAUAUCUGCACCGCGCAUGGAGACGCCAAAUGAAGAAAAGUGCAAGCAUGAAGGAAGCUCCAUCUGCCUGCUCUGCAAAUUACGUGCCUUUGACGCCCAUCACUUUCUUGGAGCGGGCAGCCACUGUGUACUCUGACAAGCCAUCCGUCGUCUACGGUGAUGUCAGAUUUACAUGGAAGGAGACCCAUGGAAGAUGCCUCAGGCUCGCUUCUGCUCUGGUCAAUCUGGGGAUUUCUCACCUUGAUAUUGUUGCGGCUUUGGCACCAAAUAUUCCAGAGCACUAUGAGCUACAUUUCGCGGUUCCAAUGGCUGGGGCAGUUAUUGCUUCGCUCAACACCAAAUGGGACGCCACAACGUUGUCUGAGAUAUUGGAACAAUUAGAAGCUAAAAUUAUGUUUGUGGACUAUCAUUUCGUUGACGUUGCCCUUGACUCGUUCCACAAAAUGUGCAAAAGAAAAUGUAAGCCUCCGCUUCUGGUUGUCAUCCCAGAUCAUAACAAGCCAAAUCUCCCGCCAGAUGACCUGUACUUCAACCAACUGCUCGAAAAGGGACAAGCAGAUUUUAAGAUCAGGAUGCCGAGCAGUGAAUGCGAUCCUAUAUCAGUGAAUUACACGUCGGGCUCCACGGGAACUCCUAAGGGAGCUGUUUACAGUCACAGAGGCGGGCUUCUUAACUCAGCGGCAGCAGUCUCGCGGUUCGAUAUGAAACCAAUGCCUGUGUUUCUGUGGACAGUGGACAUGUUUCGCUGCAACGGAUGGGGCUUAGCUUGGGCAAUGGCUAGUCUGGGUGGCACCAAUAUUUGUCUCAGAAAUGUCUCAGCUAAAGCCAUGCUUGAUGCCAUCUUUCGUCACAACGUAACCCAUUUGUGCGGUCCACCCGUACUUUUGAACGUAAUUGCGGAUGCACCACAAAGUGAGCACAAGCCUCUGCCUCCGGGUGUGAGUAUCACAGUUGCUGGAGUGCUACCCCCGCGCCAAGUCUUUUGCAAGGUAGCAGAACUUGGGUUCAAUGUGAACAUUGGAUAUGGCAUGACAGAAUCAAUGGGUCCUGUAUUGGUGCGACCUUGGAUACCCAAUUCAGGCGAUGAACCCACGGAACAACUCAGUUAUGGAGAUCAAGGGCGCCCCAUACUGAUGAUGGAGGGGAUUGAUGUGAAAGAUCCAAACACAAUGGAGAGUACACCUUGUGAUGGGAGAACCAUUGGUGAGAUUAUGUUUAAAGGCAACACCAUGAUGCUGGGGUACCUGAAAAAUCAACAAGCGACCAAGGAAGCUUUUAGAGAGGGAUGGUACAGAACAGGGGACCUCGCAACGAGGCAGAGGGAUGGUUCCAUAAGACUGAAGGACAGGGCAAACGAUAUGAUAUAUUCAGAAGGAGGGGCUGUGAGCUCACUUGAGGUGGAGGCUGUGUUACUGAGGCACCCAAAGGUUCUGAAUGCGGCUGUUGUGGGGUAUAAAGAACGUACGGCAGAGUCCCCCUUUGCAUUUAUCAAGCUGAAAAAAGAAUGUCGCGCCACCGUGGAAGAUAUUAUCAGGUUUUGUAAAGCUCGGUUGGAAGCUCAUAUGGUUCCUCAGCGUGUGGUUUUUGGAGAUUUGCCCGGUAAUUCGACUGGCAAUGUCCAAAAAUUCCUCAUCAGAAAGAAGAUCAAAUGAGCUGGAUGACGUGCCUCCAUAAUCGAUUUAAGUAUGCAUGGCAUUAAUAAGAGUGGCCUUCUAUGUCUUAUACACAGACAUCCACCUUUUAAUUAUAAUUCUCGAAAACAUUACUGUUCUCGUUUAUCUCCCGUGGUGUAAUCUAUUUUCAAAUCAUGCCUGAUUUAACUUCUAUACCUAUAAUUAUUUGUCUAGAAUGUUUAUGACGUACUACUUGGUUUUUUAACUGUGCAAUUUAGUUGAGGAUUGAUUAUUCACAUCAUUUGGAUUUCAA